AUGUUCAACUCCCGAACCUAUGGGACCAAAGGUGCAAAACGAAGGCCACUACAAAAACGACACAUUGAGGAGACAAACGACAACGAGUCCCUCUCAUCUACCUCAGAUAAUUCUUCAACGCCUGCCAGAAAGAAGCCAAGGGUGCAGCCCCUAGGUUCAAUUUCUGAUGAAGAUGACCACCAUCUAAACAGUGAGUUUCCUGCUGCAAUUCACGUUUAUCUUCAAUUUAAUCGUCUACAAGGCCCUAUCAGGCAGAAUGUCGGCAGUAACACGACAAAUUUGAGCCCAGGUUCGGUGGACAUGGCGGAAGAUUCAUCUCACGCAUCGCAGGCGAAGGCCCGGGCGUCGUACGCUGGUCAUGACAGUCAGGCUUUUGGUGGGGCACGUAAAUAUGUCGAGCCACCAAGUAGCCAACCGACAUCAAAGCCGCCCUCUAAAGCCAAGACGGGGAAAUUGCGUCGAGAUGAUUUGAUUCAAACAAAUGCUCGACAACCUACGACUCCUACGAAGCUUUCGAAGCGAAUGCUCUCCAGGUCACGGACGGAACCAUCUGUCGUCAGUAGUGGCGGACCCAGUGCGACAGGAAGCUCAUUGUCCAUUGCAAGUCAUCCUUCCCUUGGAGACGCAUCUCAUAAAUCCCUUUCCCCAUCCAAAUCUCUGCCGGCGGGGCUCUUUAGUGCAGACGAACCCUCAUCGCCAAUGCCUGCGAGCAGGCCUCCAAAUCAGCCGUUAGCAUCCAAACAUGCACGGACAUAUGGUGGAGCCUCUCGGUCCUUCUUAGUUUCUUUGUCUUUACCCUCUGAUCCUGGGGCAAGUCAAGCACAAGAGGAUGAUACGUCCACGCGCGAAUCGUAUUCUUCGCUUCGGGCUCGCUGGGGGGUUGACGGGUCCGAAGAUGAUUUCCAUCCUUCGCCGGAUAUCUCCCCAAGUAAUAGUCGAAAUGGGACACCGUCCAAGAAUAAGGGGAAAGGCAAAGCAAUGUCGUCGCACAACAGGGCAGCCGAUCUGCCUCAAGGUAUGAUGAAUGAUCUGAGAAGCAUCACGGAACUUAGAAGUAAAGGGGAGAGCCGGAGAUUCCUGGAUGAAGUCGGAUAUCUGUUCGAAGGUAUGGAUGUUAAAGGUGCUAUUGGUCUGCGAAGAGCCAGCGCAAUCGAACUCAUCAACAAGUUAUGUGAUACCCAGUUCGCCCGCAAAGCAAAGGCCGCAGAUUUCCUAUGCAAAAUUUGGGAUGUCAUGCGUGAUGCUGGGGCUGGUCGGGGCGAUAAGGUUUUGGACAUAGCCCUAGUUAGCUUUGUCGCGGUCGUCGCACGGGAUUCAAAGGCACUGGAAGAAUUAGCUGUCCAAAUAUCCACUAGCCCCACAGAGUCCACUUUGGGUAGAACCCUCUUUCACAUCCUUGACUCCUCCCGGUCGUUAGACGCGUUAACCUGCGGAAGUCUAGACUUGAGUCCCGCCGAAGCAAAGAGGUACGGCUUAUCCAAGAACGAGAUUAUCCAGCUCAAAAGUUUGUAUAAAGUUAUUUCCGCCGAUUCCGCCGUGUUUCCUAUCUCGCUCCUCGUAGGCUACUUUUUCUUAGUACUAAUGCUCUCGCUGAUGUCAGAAACGUACAAGCUCUCCACGGCCCUCCUCGUUUCUCAUAGUCUCUGUACACUGAACCCUCGCCAUUUACCUACAUGCGAGCUCCCACGCCUCCUUGCAACCGUCAAGGAAGCUUUGACUUACUUCCUCGAUCGUCUGGCAGCGUACUCAUCGGGACUCUCCCUUUUCCCUUCCUCCGACACGCCCGAGACCAUCUUAUCUAAACUUCUUCACGCGGAGAACUGCCUUCGUCUGCUAGAAUCUUUUGUGCUGGACCACUGGUCAAUACAAACAGAGGGUGCAGCGGUGGAAGAUCUAUCACCCACUAGCCAAGACUGGUUGCUACAGCGGCUCAUUUCCAUUUCUAUUGUAAUGGAGAUCAUCCAGAGGCAGUCCGGAGCCUAUUCCCAAGAGCUGGUUCGGCACGCUACCUCUUGCGGAGAAAUUACGUUUCGGGUGUUCAUGAGUCUUACUCACGACGAGCCUGACUGGUGUAGUGCGCUUCUGGAUCAAGAACCUGGUCCAUUGCACAUAGUCAGAACAGUCAUCAGAGCACACAAAAAUAUGUUGCCUCAAGUCAAGAGGGAACCCGUUGACGAGCAGGCUAUGGUGAAGCAGGAAGAUGAUUCGGUUUUCGAUUUCGAAGAGGACGACCGCAUUCCUAAUAUCGCUGGGGCUUUGGCAUUGGACCGAUUAUGCCUUGCUUUGGCACUAUUGACAAACCUCGUCCAAGGCUGUGAAGACGCUAAGGAUACGUUCAGAGAUCUUCGUUUGGAUCCUAGAUGCAGAAUCAAGCGGGGGUGCAUCCGGUCGUGCUCUUGCCCUAAUGCUGCUAGCAGCCUUGACGCCAUUUGUGGGCUAUACACCGACUACCUCAAACCUGACAUAUCCGCCGAGUUCGGGUCUGACUUCGUCUCCGGCCACCUUUCUAUCCUCCUUGGGAUGCUCAUGCGAGGUAGUAAAGUCAACCAAGCUCAUAUACUCGCUGCGCUGCCUGGACCAACAAACCGGAGCAAACUCAAUACCAUGGUCGAGCGAUCCAGAGAAUUUACUGCGUUUUACAAGACCCUGAUGUUCAAGCUACAGCAAUCGGGAGGACCGCCUGAAGGCCCUGACAACGGUGGGAGGUCGUCAGCUGUUGGUCGCUCUCAAGAUAUCAGAAAAACCCAAGAGGCAGGGGAGAAGAUCGAUGCUACUGCGAGGGAAAUCAUUACAUUAUUGGAAGAUAUGCAGAUUCGAUGUCUAGAUUGA